CUGUCCCUCCCUUCCCCCCAACCCUGAGCACUCUGGUGAUCUCUCAUCACUCACACUUAAGAGAAGUGAUUGUGAACUUGGAUUCUGCUCAGUAGCUCUCACCUUUUCCGGAAGGCCUGAGGAGUUUAGGAAGAGAGUGAGUGGGCCUUCAUCGAGGCAGAUGAUUCCAUGGUUCUCCAGAAGGUCCACAGGUGGAAUAUGAAGUGUGACUUGUGUCUGUGUGGCCUGAUCCUGACCAUCAUUCUUCUCCAGGGCUCUGUGAUCCAGGCUGAUGAAGAAGCUGAAUCCUUAUUCAUAUCAGUGACGGAAACAGAGGACAAGGUCUUUCUGACAUGUAAUGGCACAGCAUACUCAUGGAUGCACUUGGAGAAAUCAUCAGACGAUUACCCAAGUAAUAAAAGUGUGGAUUUGGGAAAAAGAAUCCAGGAUCCCAGAGGAACAUUUAAGUGUACUGGCAACAAUGGCAAGGAGUCACCUGUCCUUCAUAUUUAUUAUCGAAUGUGCCAGAACUGUGUGGAAGUGACCUCGGGCUCUCUGUUUGGUAUUCUGAUUGCUGACAUUAUUGCCACAGUUAUUCUGGCUAUUGGAGUCUAUUGCUUUGCAGGGCAUGAGGAGGGGUAUCUUCCAGCUUUUGACAAGCAGAUUCUGAUGCAGAAUGAUGCUCUUUACCAGCCUCUCAGAGAUCGAGAUGACAACUCGUAUAGUCAUAUUGGGGGGAAACAACUUAGAAACAAGUGAGCACUGGAAUUUAUGACCUGGAACAGCACCCUGGCCAGCCACAUGCUGACAAUUUUGGAAGUUAUUUAGCCAAUAAAUCCUCUACUAUUUCACUCA